AUGGCACACCCCUUCAUUUGGGCUAUGCGUAUAGUCCACGCGUUCGAGGAUCGCAUCGUCGCUGCCAUUCUUCGACGACCCGGCUUCCAUCGUGGCGUCGGCCGCAUCCACAAAUUCAUCGACGAGAAACAGAAUGGCCGCCUGCCGCAUGAGCCGCUCGCCCCCGGCGAAGCUACCGCGGACCCCAACGCUCCCGACCGGGCCUCCGGCUUUGUCAGGCACUUUAUGGACGAACUUCGCAAUCAAGCACGCGGCAAACCGACCGACAUUGACAAGACGCCGCACAAAUGA